AUGCCACAGGCCGACAGCUCCAUUCAGAAAGUGUUUUUGCUUUUGCGCGGCUCAGCAUCUACGACUUCUAACCUCAACAGCACCCACCCCGCCCAGUCGACCCGACCGCAUCACGACGUCAAGAUGGCUACCGAGUUGACCGUCCAGUCCGAGAGGGCUUUCCAGAAGCAGAAGGGUAUCUUCCUUAACCAGAAGGUCAAGGCGAAGUCUGCUCGCCCCGGCAAGAGCGGCCGCAGAUGGUACAAGGACGUUGGUCUGGGUUUCCGCACCCCUACCACUGCCAUUGAGGGCUCCUACAUCGACAAGAAGUGCCCCUUCACCGGCCAGGUCUCUAUCCGCGGCCGUAUCCUUACCGGCACUGUCGUUUCCACCAAGAUGCACCGCACCCUCAUCAUCCGCAGAGAAUACCUCCACUACAUCCCCAAGUACGCCCGUUACGAGAAGCGCCACAAGAACCUCGCCGCCCACGUCUCCCCCGCUUUCCGUGUUGAGGAGGGUGACCAGGUCACCGUUGGACAGUGCAGACCUCUGAGCAAGACCGUCCGCUUCAACGUCCUGCGUGUCCUUCCCCGCACCGGCAAGGCUGUCAAGAAGUUCAGCAAGUUCUAAAUCGGCUCAUUGGCAUUUACGGCGUGACUGCGGUGUGGGUUCUUCAUUACAUACCGGAUGGGAGGUCAACAGGGAAACUGCAUCACAUGAUUGUGUUAUAGAUGCAGAAUCAGAGACCAAAAUGAAUUCGAUCAGCCAAACUUCUCGGUUGUGAACUAGAGGUCUUUAUCUCUGGCUCUCUGGACACACGAUGGGCUCGUGGUUUUUGCGGGAACGGAAACCUGCGAUACGCCUCGGGUCGAAUGAACGAAAAAAAUGACAAGGAACGGUUGGACGUGCAAUUGCUCUUCAU